CUAAAUUUCAGAAGCAAAAGUUACGUUAACGAAUUACUAGUAAUGUUCUCAAUUCAAGUGUCGAUACCGCAAAUAUUUAAAUACGAAUAAUAAUAUAAACAUUACUUAUCUUAGUAUUUUACGCUAAUAAUUAUCUAAAAGUAAUAAAAAUACGUUUUACUACAUGGGACAAAUGAGAUCUUACAAACAUUGUAAUACACAAUAUAAAAAAAAAGAUGAAUAUGAAUCUUGUGAUACUCAUUUUUACUACUAUAUUAAUGCACAUGAUAUAUUGUGAAUACAGAAAUACUAUUUGCGAGAAUAAUAUGGUUUGUAAUUGUAACAAUUUCUCCAUAACUUGUUACAAGUUAUCAUUACAAUUACCUAUCAAUAUCCCCAAUAACAUAACAACUAUCCACUUUACAGAAGUUUAUAUUAGCCAUACAAUAAAUAAUCAGAUUUUAAAGGAUGAUAAACUUGUAAAUUUAACAUGGUCAAUGAGUAAUAUAACAACAGUUGGUCCUUUAAAUAAAAGUGAAUUAAUAUAUUUAGAUUUAUCAUAUAAUUUAAUUAAUAAUAUAUCGAGUAGUUUUUUUGUGAAUAUCCCAAGAUUACAAUACUUGGAUCUAUCAAACAAUCAUAUAAGUUCCUUAUCAGAUAAUACAUUUUCUAGUCUUAAUUUGAUUGAAAAUAUUAAUUUGGAGAAUAACUUAUUUCAAACAUUAUCACAGGACAUAUUUAAAGAAUCUGUAGGUUUAAGAUAUCUUAGUUUGGGAAACUUCAAUCUACUUACAAUACCCAAUGGUAUAUUUUCAAAUUUAGAAAAUCUAGAAUACUUAAAUAUUGGAAAUAGCGGAAUUCAAUACAUACAGAGUUCCAUUGGUGAUUUAAAUAACCUUAAAAUUCUUAAUAUAAAUAACUGCAUUAAUUUAACUACUAUAGAAGAAGAUUUUAUUGAUAAGAAAAUUCCAAAUAUUGAAGUAAUUAAUAUGAGCAACUGUAGUAAUAUUCAAAAUCUACCUAUGGGUAUUGCAUCUCUAAAAAAUCUUAGAGAAUUAUACAUGCAUGGAAUACAAGUUCCAGUAAAUUGUUACAAUGGAUGGUUUACAAAAUGGUAUAAAGAAACAACAGUAAUAAAAGGAUAUAAAAACUUCUCAAAAUUAUCAGCUAUUGAUAAUUUAGAUUGUCCACCAAAAAUUUAUUACAUUAGCGGAUCUGUAACUUUAAAAUUAACUAAAAAUGGCAAAAUAGUUUGCAAAUCCUUUGGUCAUCCAAAGCCUGCAAUAACAUGGUUAAUACCUGGUGGUUUAACAUAUCAUGAAAACAAAGAAAAUGAUAGAAAUAUUUCAUCACACCCUAAAAUCCACGAUUGGGAUAUGGUGUCAGUAAAUAACAAUCAACAAAUUUUUACUGAUUCAGAUGGAUAUUUAAAUAUUUCACGUAUGAUAAGAAAUAACAUAGGUAAUUACACAUGCUAUGUAUCUAACAUUUAUGGUCAUGAUUCUCAAGUAAUUGAAGUACAUUUAGAAAGUGAAUUUUUCUUUAACAUCAAAAUUAAUGCCCUUUUAUUAGGAAUAUUAUCAGCUAUGGGAUUUUUAAUGCUAACUAUUUUAUGUUGUGCCUUAAAAUUACUACUAAAAAGACUGAAUUGUAUAAAAGUAAAACAAAAUUCAAUGGAAAUGCAAAAUGAAGAUAAACAGAACAAUGUUCCUGAAAAUGUUUAGUAAUUUUAAUGUAACAUAAGUUUGUUUUACACAUGUUGAUUGAAUUAUUAAAUAAGUACAAAUUAAAAUCUAAAUGUAUUUUUGUAACUAUUUAUUUGUACAUUAAAUAUUUUUUAUUUUUAAUCAAAUAAAAUUGGAACAUAAUUUCA